AUGUCUACCAAAGCUGGUUGGCAAUUUCAAUGUUCUAACUCAAGUUGCUCACCAUUGGCCGUUAUUAUUGUGUCGAAUAUCCGCCAGUGUCAAAUGGCAUGUUUAGCUGAAAUCCAUUGUAGAGCAAUUAGUUUUUAUAAAUCAUCGUCUAAUUGUGAAUUAUUUGCUGAUAUAUCAAACCAAAAUGGCUAUUUAGUCAGCAACAUGGACACUAUUACUAUGAUUGUUAUGGAUGGAACACGACUUCCACCUGAACCGACUACGACAUCAACAACAACAUCAUCAUCCACUACAUCAUCAACAUCAUCAACAUCAUCCACAUCAUCAACCACUUCAUCAUCAACUACAUCAACAACCACAACUACUACUUCAUCAUCAACAUCAUCCACAUCAUCAACAUCAACAACAUCAACAACGACAUCGUCAUCAACAUCAACAACAUCAUCAACCACUUCAUCAUCAACAUCGUCAACAACAUCAACAACAACAACCACAACUACUACUUCAUCAUCAACAUCAUCCACGACGUCAACAACAUCAAUAACAACAACAACAGCAGGUCAGUUAUAUGCUAGAUAA